AGAUAACGUCAUCAGAGGGGGGAUUCUCAUCCUCUAGUCGCAACUUAUCUUCCCGACUCACUUGUAGAAAGGCAAUGCAAGGAAGAUCUAAUGGAGAUUUGCAUUAUUUUAGGCAUCCAGAUGACGUCAUAAAAGUUAUCAUCCAACCUACCUCUUUCAAACAACCUUGGUUUCAAACAUUAAGGUUUUCAACCAAUGAAAUUCACCUAAGGUCACCCUAUAUCAGUACCAUAACGUAAACGUGGCACCAUUGCAUAUAAACUGCAUUAUGCUCAUAGACGGUACGACCUGUACCAAGUGCACAAAAUGAAUGAAUAAAGAAUGCAAGCCAAGAUACAAGGACGCAAGGCGUAUAGGGCCCCCCUCAAUCCAACCAAUCUGGUUUUGCUAACAUAUUUUGUGUUUGUGUUUAGCAUCGUCGUUUUUUGGGUUAGUUCAGCCUUACAAUAAGGGCUUUUUAGUUUUUAGACGAUUCUGUUAUAAAUUACGUUGUUAGGAUGAGCUCUUGGUCUAACAUAAAAUCGCUCGAUUCAGUGUGUAACCUUGUAAAAGUAGGAAAUCGUCUUAAAAUUGCAUAGUGUGUGUGUGUAUCCGUGCUGGCUUUUCUAUUUUAAAAACAAUAGUUAGAAGUGAAACCUCGUCCCGGAAUAUCGUGUUUGAAGAAAACAAAAGGUUUUUGUUUGUUUGUUUCUUUGCGAUUCUUUGAAGAUACAUCAUGGAGAUGCGUGAAGUAUUGAAACUCCACGGAGAUGGCGAAGUCGAGUGGACAUUUAUGGAAGCAAAAGACAUUCCUGGUAUUAUUCUUCACGACAGACUGAUGACUGAUGCAGCUCUGGGAACACGACCAAUCAAAGUGGAACAUAGUUACAGUCUGAGCUCGGAUGGAGAUUCCUUAACUAAUUCGCCGAAACACCAUACAACAGUUGAUGACAUGGAUGAAGAAUGUUACCCGACCAUAUCGAUGAACCCAGAAUCAGCAUGUGACAGAUUACAGGAAGAAACGCUAGAAAUUAAAGAAGAAGAAACGGAAAUAAAAGAAGAAUACAGCGAAACGGAAAGUACACACAGUUCUUGUCCAUCGUCGCCCUCGCCACAAGCACAAUUCAUUGAUGGAAGCGAAAUACAAUUUGAUGUCGAUAUGUCACAAAUAUCUCAAGCACUUCUACAACAAACGGGACAAAACAUUUUCAUAACAGCAGGAAACUCUAUUAUACCUCAAAGAAUACAAAUGCCAAAAUUAAAUAUAAAAUUGGCUCCGAAAGGUAGCACAUUUCACCACCUCCCGCCCACACCACCAUCGUGCAGUAGCAGCGACGACUCAGAAGACAAUACAACUACUUCUUCGCCAGCACCAAGAAAAAUAGCGAGGACGAUUUUACCUCAUCCUACUCCAAGGCAGCCAAUUUAUACGCCACUUAUUAGUACCCAACCGAAGGGUUCUACAGGUAUUCUAGUUCUUACCGAAGAAGAAAAAAGAACUCUAACUGCAGAAGGUUACCCAGUGCCUACUCGCCUACCUCUUACAAAAGCCGAAGAAAAGUCCUUGAAGAAAAUCAGAAGGAAAAUUAAAAAUAAAAUAUCGGCUCAAGAAAGCCGAAGAAAAAAGAAAGAGUACAUGGACCAGCUAGAAAGAAAAGUAGAAAUUUUAGUCAACGAAAACAAUGGCUUUAAAAAAACAAUAGAGAACCUACAAGACUCAAACGAGGAUUUGAUGGCCCAACUUCAAAGAUUACAAGCAAUAGUUGCAAAAAUGCAACCUCAAAAAUAAUUUUUGCUUAUUUUCUCAAAAACCCUUGGCAGUAUAUUUUUUUAGUGUUUGUCAUUUUACAUUAUUUAAACAUUUUAUUUAUUUAUUGCGUGUCUUCCACCGAGAAUGUGUCUUUUAGAUGAUUUUUCAUACAUUCCAAUAAUGAACCAAAGGAGUAAUCAAUGUGUUUUAAGAUCGUCAUUAUACAUAAUAUAUUUUUAUAGCAAAGAUUUUAGUGUAAUUUUUACCUAGGCAAUUUCAAAAUGUAUAUAGAAAACAUUAUUGUAUUGAUUAAAAAUUGGUAUAAAUUAUUGUAAAUACUUAUUUUCUAAUGAUACAUUUAUCAAAAAUAUACAAUUUUAUGUAGAUAUAAUUGCAAAAAAAUUAUAGAGUGUUACUACUAUCAAAUAAUAGUAACUAUCUUAUCAUAAUCAUGACAGACAAAUGUUUAAAGAGAUGUUUGUUUUUCUGAAUCCAUAAACAAUGCUGUGAAUUAGGAAAGGAUGUGCAUUACAUAAUAAAUUCUUUAUUAGAUAGUAGUAGUAGUAGAUAUAACACUAAUAUAGAACACUGUUCAUAUUCAAUAUUUUUUGAGAUAAGCUUAGUAAAUUGAAGUAACAAUCCACAUUUGAGUGAGUAUGUAUUUGGGAAAAAUAAUUAUCUAAAAAUAUUAUUUGUUCCAUGUUUUUGACUAAUAAUAACCAACAUCUUAAGAAAAUAGUAUCAGUACAUACUCCUUUUUAAAUUUCACCAAUUUUUAAUUAUAUAAUUUUCAAUAAUGUAUUUAAUGUAUGUACUUAAGUAGGUCUAUUUUCAAAUAUAGUUGGUAUCUUGUGCCUUAAUGACGCAACUUUGCCAGGCUAUAGGAAAUUAUUAGAAUUUUAUAUUUGUAUAUACAUAAUUUUUAAAAUAUUAGAAAAUAUCGUAAAUUUGUAUAUUUUUUGAUAAUAAAAUAUACCAGUAGGUAGUUUAUCAAAAUGUAAAAAAAAAUUCAUACAGUCAAACUAAUAUAAUGUUCCCAUGAGAACUGUACCUAUUCUACGUUUGUUAUGACCAAGUUUGACUAUAUAUUUUUAAUUCUCUACUAUUUCAAAAUAUGUAUGUAGGUUGAGUAGAUAAAUCUUAUAGCUAAUUUGAGAAAUUUGUCUGCCUAUAAUCAGUAAUUAAUUAGUUUAAAUUAAAAUAAUUAAACGGGAGUAUUGCCUUCAUUUGUUUCUAGAAACAGACUGAUUAUAAAAUAAUAUCAAUGAGUGAAACAUCAAUGUGCAAUUAUUUUUACUUAUUUGUUAUUUAUUUAUGGUCUAAGGUAAAUCCAGAAGUUCAGGAUAUUUAGGAAUUUCGGCUCUAUACAGGGUAAUCAAUAAGUAGACUAAAAAAAUUUUAGCAGUAAAUUCCUUGAAUAGAAUCGCCUAGAUAGUAGAGUGAAAUUUGAUGGCUUAGGAUAUUUUUUACUCAAAUAAAUUUCAGUUUCAUUGACCAUAUUUUUGUAAAAAUAAUGGUAGUGGUUUUUUCUCUUAAUCAGAUCCUCAUUACAGUAACAUUUCAGUGAUUUUUUUUUCAAUUGUAAUUCUUCUUAACCUUUUUCAAAAUAAAAUAAUGUAAUAUAAUUUUAAUAUACAUAUAAACUAAAGUAUCACCCUGUAUAUGUAUUUGGAGAAACAUCAUGCAACAGCAAUAGGAAAAAAAUAUUCUCAAAAGAGUAAAUAAUUGGCUAAUAAAAAUAUUGAGUAACUUCUUAGGACAGACCUUAGGCUAUUAUAGGAAAUUAUUUAUUAAAAUUAUCUUGCUAUUGUAGUGUAGUUGUAUUUUUUUUUUUUUGUCAAAUGUUGGUUAGUUAGUAAAGUUUACAAACUCGAUUUAAUAUAUAUAAACUUUUAAAUCAACUGUUUUUUAUAUUAAAAUUUUUUUACAACCUUAGAGAAAUUUGUUCAAAAAUUUAUAUUGUAUAUAAAAUAUGUUUCUACUUUUAUAAAUUGUUAAUAUUAAAACAUUUCAGAGUCCUAUAUUUAUAACACUUAUAAAAUGGUGUUGUUAUUGUUAAUCGUUAUGCUAAAAAUCACUACAUAAUUAUAAAACUAGAUUAUAUUAGUAUAGAUAGUCAUAGUUUAUAGGGUUACAGGAUUUUAACCAAAAAAAAUUAAAUCUGGGAGAGUUGUGUAACGUGGAUAUGUAUAUUUUAAACAAAGUUUAUGACUUUGUAACAUUUAUUCCUGGGAAAUGGAAUUUUUUUAAUUACUAUCAGCCUAAAAGUGUUUAGUAUUUUGUCUUUUUUUUUUUGGGGGGCAAACAAAUUAUGUAAUCCCAAGAUGUUUUAUAGUCGGAUUCUGCGUAAUGUAGAUAAGUAUGCCUAAACUCUUCUACCAAUUAUUCAGGGGAAUUACUCAUAUUAUAAAUAAGACGCUUUCAUUAAUUAUUUUAAUCUAGGGUUUUAAGUAGGAAAAAUAGAAUAAAUUCGCAUUUAUCCAUUAUUUAACAGGAAAACACAAUAGCCGCUAUUUAUGUUUUUUUUCUUUUUUUCUUGUAAUGUUACAUCAGUUGUCUUAGUUGAAAUCAGUUCCAAUUUGAAUUAUCUUUCAAUAGUUUGAUUUUUACAUUUACGUGCAUAGUGUGCUCUGUUUCUUUAAUGUUACUUUUUUGUGACUUAAAUAAAAAUAUAAAAUAAUAA